CCGCGCAUGGUAGUCAGAGAGAGAGAGAGAGCGCCAAAAGCUUGCCUAUGCGAGAUCCUCGCUCGCUUUAUAUACGUUUCUCUGUUCCUAUUAGUGACCAUAACUGCCUAGAGGUGGUGCCUUAGGCAAAAUCUCUUGCAUUUCGAGUCUUUGACGUUUUACUUGCAUGUUUGUAGUAGCCUCACAGAGAGAGAGAGAGAGAGAGAAACCCAAAAGAAACCGCUCUGCAUUGAGUUCUUGUGGGAGAUCAAGAUCUUGUUCUUACGCAUAACGACGUUGGAUCCUUAAAAGGAGUGGGUUGAACUUUGUUGGUGUUGAAUUUUCCUGGGAAAUUCUCAGAUGGGAAAAGAUCAAGAACAGAGCCACCACGUAUGCAAGCUCUGCAACCAGACUUUUUCCAGUGGAAAAGUGUUGGGAGGUCACAUGAGGGGUCAUACGAGCAAGAAUUCAGGCAAAGGAAAGAAAAAGGUGAUCAAAAGCGACAACGGUUUUGAAGACGGUGGGCAUACUGGUUAUGGCCUAAGAGAAAACCCCAAGAAGUCUUUGAAGUUUUCACGCUCAGAACAUGCUACUUCAGGUCAAGAAAUCGUCUGUAAGGUCUGUGGCAAUUGGUUUGAGUCCCUGAGGGCUCUGUUCGGUCACAUGAGGCAUCACUCAGGAACAAAAACAAGUGGAAUUUUCUGUCAAGAAUGUGGCAAAGGGUUUCAGUCACUAAGGGCUCUCACUACCCAUAUCAGGAUUCACUCCGUAAGAUUUGAUCCACUCUGUAAGAAGAUGGAAACAGACAGCCAAUCGAACAGUGAAACCCUAGGGCUUGUGCGGAAAAAGAGAUCAAACAGAAGGAGGUACAAGAUUCUUCCAAAUUAUUCGUUUUCUAGUUUGAAUGGAUCUGGACAGGAAGUAGAAGACGGGGCUAUAUGCUUGAUGAUGCUGUCUAGGGGUGCAACCAAUUGGGGUGGAUUUAGCUCGGUUACAGAGUCCUCUGAUAAUGAUUCUGUGACUUUUGAGGUUAAAUCAUUCGGACAAAAGAAGCGAAUUGCCAAUGAUAAUGAGGAUGGAUUUUUUGCUUGUGAAGUCCUCGAGUCUUUCAAGAUAAAGAAGCCAGGGGUGGAGGAUUCCGACUCUCAUGUUUUGCAUUCUAAGAUUGUCUUAUUAGCUGAGAAGAGAGGAUCCAAAUUCAGUGAAAUGGAUUCUGGGUCUGGAAUUUCCGGGGAAAAGAAGGUUGAAAAGGAAGCUUCUGUUGAUGAAUUAUACAGAGAUGCUGAAUUUGUGAUGCCAAAACUGGAUGAUAUGUCAGGAGAUGAAAUGGAGGAGGAUAGUCAUAACAGAAUGAAGAUCAAGCGCACUAAAGUAGAAGUGGAUGGAGAUUUUACAGAAGAUAAUGGAUUGGAUCCAGCUAAGUCUGGUUUGAACAAGAAAGCAAUUUUUGAUGCUCAGUUGAUUGGAAAGUCUUGCAAGAAGAUGUGUACUUCUUCUCCUGAUUCUCUGAAGAAAAGUGAAUACAAGUGCAAGACCUGCAACAAGAAUUUCCACUCGCAUCAGGCACUUGGAGGCCACCAGACAAUACAUAGAACGAAAAACUGCUCUGAUUUGAGAAUUCGGAAGUGUGGAGAGAGCAGCCACAGCAACGUUGAUCCUGAAACUGAGGGUAAUUGCAAGCUUAUCAAUCUUGAAGAAUGUAGCAAGAAUUCGGUGGAGCAGGAGAUGAGUAAAGUGUCUCUGCCAAGUUGUGAGUUCAAGGAGACUAAGGAGUACAAGUGCCAUAUCUGCUUUAAGGUUUUUGCAUCAGGCCAAGCUUUGGGUGGUCACAAGAGGGCUCAUUUGAUUAAAAACUCCGAGACAAUAUCUGAAGAAACCUUGGCAGUAAAGCAACAGAUUUCUGGUAUCUGUGAUCUAGUUGAUCUUAAUCUCCCUGUUAUUGUUGAGCAAGAGACCAAUGUUGAUGUUGGAUUCAAGUCGUGGUUGGUUGGAAAUGAUCAGAAGCAUGAACUAAUGGUUCUCUGACCAUGGCUGCCAUGAAGUUUCUAGUCUCUCUCUUCAAUUGCUGAUUUGAGGAGAAACCUUGCAAAGGUGAAGCUUCCAUUUGCUGCUCAUAGCUUGGAAUUCAAACUAAUCCCAUUCAAACUGAUCUUUUGUUACAAAAUUGUAGCUCACUUCCAAAUUUUUCUGAACUUUUUUGGUUCAAAGAGCUGAAUAUAGAACAGAACAUGGGAUUUUGGUAAAUGCAAUUUUUGGACUUCUGUUUCUGU